CAAAACAUUUAUUCAGACUCCCAACCACAUCCCUCACAAGUAACAACCGGCGUCUCUCCUCCGGAAUUCAGGUCGGAAAAUAUGGCCACCGUCACCACCCAAGCUUCCGCCGCUGUCUUCCGGCCAUGCGCCUCCAAAUCGAGGUUCCUCGGGUCCUCCGGUAAACUGGGUAGAGAAGUAUCUGUAAAACCCAUGACCUCUUCGUCAUACAGGUCCUUCAAGGUGGAGGCCAAGAAAGGGGAGUGGUUGCCCGGCCUAUCUUCCCCAUCUUACCUCGAUGGAAGUCUUCCUGGUGACAAUGGUUUUGAUCCUCUGGGGCUUGCGGAGGACCCCGAGAACUUGAAAUGGUACGUACAGGCUGAGCUUGUGAACAGUAGAUGGGCGAUGUUAGGGGUUGCCGGAAUGCUGCUGCCGGAAGUUUUUACAAAGAUAGGGAUCAUCAGCCCCCAGUGGUAUGAUGCAGGGAAAGCGGAGUACUUCGCAUCAUCUUCCACCCUCUUUGUGAUCGAGUUCAUCUUGUUCCACUACGUCGAGAUCAGAAGGUGGCAGGACAUCAAGAACCCAGGAAGUGUGAACCAGGACCCCAUUUUCAAGAACUACAGCUUACCUCCCAAUGAGGUGGGUUACCCCGGUGGUAUUUUCAACCUGAACUUUGCACCAACUGAGGAGGCCAAGGAAAAGGAACUUGCUAACGGGAGAUUAGCAAUGUUGGCAUUCCUGGGGUUUAUUGUUCAACACAACGUGACUGGAAAAGGGCCAUUUGACAACCUCUUGCAGCACAUCUCAGACCCAUGGCACAACACCAUCAUCCAAACACUGAGGGGCUUCUAAAUCCAUUCCAGUUGAGACGAAGAACCUGUUCUAUUCCUCUUUGUAACCAUGAGUUUGAAAGGUUUUUCAGUGAGAGUCGAGCUUCAAUAUGGAACAAAGAAACCUUCAAUGUACAGGGGAACUAAAAUGGCAUUACUGUUUUUAAUCAUUUAUGUUACUUCCACUAUCAUCAUCGAAUGGAAAUCAACAGUGUUCUGAGGCA